AUGGGUUCAGUAACAGAGUUUCCCCGCAUCAAGGAGAUCCGCACCUUCGUCAUUGAUGGUGUCGGCUCCGGUGGUGACUACCACAAUGUCAAAGGUGGCCACUGGCUGAUUGACAGCAACAUUUCCACUCCCAUGACCAAGUGGGCACAGUACCGCGGUUCGCGUACUUCUUGGGGCAUCAAUGUCCUGGGGUCAUUUUGUGUUGAGAUCGAGGCUACAGAUGGAACUAAGGGCUUCGCCACAGGUUUCGGUGGUCCCCCUGCUUGCUGGCUGGUUCACCAGCACUUCGAGCGCUUCCUGAUUGGUGAAGAUCCCCGCGAUACCAACAACCUAUUCGAGAAGAUGUACCGCGGUUCCAUGUUCUACGGUCGUAAGGGUCUUCCAGUGGCUGCCAUCUCUGUCGUCGAUCUUGCUCUCUGGGAUUUGAUUGGAAAGAUUCGCAAGGAGCCCGUCUACAAGAUGAUUGGUGGCGCGACUCGUUCUCGUCUGGACUUCUACUGCACUGGACCUCAGCCUGGCUCUGCCAAGGCAGCCGGGUUCAAUGGUGCCAAGGUUGCGCUGCCUCACGGACCCGAUGAGGGAACCGAGGGUAUGCUGAAGAACGUCGAGUACCUCCGUCAAAUGCGGGCCAGCGUUGGCCCGGACUUCCCUCUCCGUGUUGACUGCUACAUGUCUCUUACCGUUUCCUACACCAUUGAGCUGGUCAAGCGCUGUGAGGCUCUUGGAUUGAACAUUGACUGGUGGGAGGAGUGCCUGUCUCCCGAUGACUUCGAUGGCCACGCUUUGCUGAAGCGUGCCCACCCCACCGUUAAAUUCACCACUGGUGAGCACGAGUUCUCCCGUUACGGAUUCCGCAAGCUUGUCGAGGGCCGUAACCUGGACAUCAUCCAGCCUGAUGUGAUGUGGCUUGGUGGCUUGACCGAGCUUCUUAAGGUCUCUGCUCUCGCUGCCGCUUACGAUAUCCCCGUUGUUCCUCACGCUUCUGGCCCUUACUCCUACCACUUUGUGGUCUCUCAAACCAACUGCCCCUUCCAAGAAUACCUGGCCAAUUCUGCCGAUGGUCACUCCGUCUUGCCCGUGUUUGGCAACCUUUUCUUGAACGAGCCUAUUCCUACCAAGGGCUACCUCGAUGUCUCAAUCCUAGACAAGCCUGGCUUCGGUCUUGAGCUUAACCCCAACGCUCCUUUGAUUCCUGGUCAUGCUCUCCUGAACCCAGCACCUCAGAAGAGCCUUCCCGCUCCUGAUAACAAGGAGCUUGCGAAUGGCACCGCCUAA